CGGAAGAUGGGCAUCUCUUGCUCUGUCUCUUGUUCGAGCAAGUCCUGUGCCGUUGGCCCCGAAAUACCCGAGUCACUACGUCCCACCGAGCUACAACUGACAGUCGUGCAUCCUCGUUGGAUCGAUCGCUUUCCAUUCCCAAAAAUGAGAGAUAAUGUGAUCACGCUGAUGGGUAUCAUUGACGAGGAAGAAUUCCUGGCGGACUUGUUCUGCCUUACAAGCUUUACCUUGGACUCUGGUGCAGCGUCCUGGGAUCCUAAAGCGUGGCGGAUCGGAAAAGAGUUCUCCGCAAAAUGGGGUUAUCUAUUCUACUAG